CCUGCAGACGCUCUUGCGGGCUGAAUCAGGCUGAAUUCAUCGGACGCGGGUGUUUCUAACCUAGGAUCACCUAGGGUGCUUAGUGAGACAAUAGGAUCAGAUUGUGGUUAAGGUUUUUUUGAAAAAGAAUUUUUCUAUAAUUCACAAAUCGUCUCCGAGAUCCUAAACGUUGUACUAGAUACAGCGUGGAUUCGGAGCGACCGGUUGAAAAUAAAAGACAAACUACUCUUUCUUUGGUAUUUGAUUAGGUUAGUUUGGGAAGAAUGUCAGACGAAAUACAACCGGAUUUGCACUUAGGUCCUAAGCCUGAUGUUACUUAUCCUAUUCAAGUACAAUAUUGUGGGAAUUGCUCUCUUCCUAUUGAGUACUGUGAAUAUUAUCCCGAGUAUGAGAAAUGUAAGCAGUGGCUUGAAAGAAAUUUGCCCACAGAAUUUGAAAAGGUCAAAUUAGGUGAAGAUGUAGCUAUGGAAGGUGGAGCAGGGGAGGAUGAGAAAAAGCGUCAAAAACGUGGUGGUAAAGGAAUGCUCAAAACUAAGAAGAAGGAUGAUGUACCAAAAUUAGUCACAGUAUCUAGAGCUCCAAGAGGAAAGAAGAAGUCUGUAACUGUGGUUACAGGACUCAGCACUUUUGACAUAGACCUAAAAGUGGCUGCUAAGUUUUUUGGUAGUAAAUUUGCUUGUGGAUCAAGCGUGACUGGUGAUGAUGAAAUUGUCAUCCAGGGUGACGUUAAAGAUGACUUGUUUGACGUCAUUCCAGAAAAGUGGCCACAGAUUGAUGAAGAUUCCAUAGAUGAUCUGGGAGAUCAGAAGAGAUAAUAAUGCAAUCAAAUUAAUUUCGCACAAUAUUAUUUAACAAUAUCCAAUUUGGUAUUUAUUAUGAAUGAAUGUAUAUAAAAUAAAUACAAAUAUUGGAAUACCAAA